AUGUCUGAGAGUCAGAAAGAAGUGAAACACGAAAGAAUGCAGUUGGAGAAAUGGAAAGAAGAAAAUGAGAAAAAGAAAAGAAUGAAGCUGCUGCACCAAAAAAAACCUUUUGUUGCUGGUAUUGUGCAUCCCCCAUUAAAAUAUGUUCCACCACCUCCACCUAGUCCAAUGCCUAGUAUAUCAGGGAGAGUUUCUCAGUCUAUUGGAAAUAAUAGUCAAAUUACACAGAAAAAUUUCAAAGGCUCAAAAGCAACCAAACCUUUACAUUCAUUUGCAGCAAGUAAUGCAUCAUUUAAACCUCCGGAGCUAAAAACUGUAACAAAACUUCCUACUUUGGCAAGGGUACAAAAUAAGAGAAAAAAGAUUAAUACAACAUUUGCCCCGUAG